UUGGCCAAUGUUGUUAUUCCUUCUUCGUGGACUCAGAAAUAGAGGAGUUUAAUUGAAAAUAUGGAUUUAAUUAGCACAAUUGAAGAAGAUGCUGAAGUUGAAAAUCUAUCCGAAGACUCAGAUGCAGAAAUAGAGUAUCAGCCAACAAAACUUAAACAGAAGAAGGCAACCGAAUUUGAAAAAGGCUUUGAAUUUGUAUCAUCGGUUAAGGAAUACAAUCAGGAUACAUGGGAUGACCUAAUGAAAUAUGUGAAACGAAAGGCCCGUACAAAGACCGAUGACAAAAUUGCUGCACGUCUCAAUAAACUUGAUGCCGGUGAUAAAGAGAGGCAAGACGCGUCGGAUGAAGAAAUUGACAUAUCUGAAGAUGAGCUGAAACACGAUAAUCUGCGUUUGCGGGAAAAGAAGCAGAUUAAAAAGAAGCGCAGGCAGCAGGAUAGUGACAAGGAAAAUACUGACGAUGAAGAGGAGAAAAUGAAGUUUGAUGAGGCCAUUGAUUCGAAUGAGGCUAUAACAUCAUUUUACCAAAUGAAUCUUUCAAGACCUUUAAUGAGAGCCAUUGGCGUAUUGGGGUAUAUAUAUCCAACACCCAUUCAAGCUUCCACCAUACCAGUUGCUUUGCUGGGCCGUGAUAUUUGUGGAUGUGCGGCUACAGGUACGGGUAAAACCGCUGCUUACAUGCUGCCAACAUUGGAACGACUUUUGUAUCGCCCCAUGAAUAAUAAAACCGUCACUAGAGUUUUGGUCUUGGUACCGACGCGUGAAUUGGGAGCCCAGGUGUAUCAGGUCACCAAGCAAUUGUGUCAGUUCACAACCAUAGAUACGGGUUUGGCCAUUGGUGGUUUGGAUGUAAAAGCACAAGAAAUGGUCUUGAGGCAAAAUCCAGAUAUUGUUAUAGCCACGCCUGGUCGUUUAAUUGAUCAUAUCAAAAAUACUCCCAGUUUUAGUUUGGAUUCCAUAGAGGUUCUUAUACUGGACGAGGCUGAUCGUAUGCUGGACGAAUACUUUGCCGAACAAAUGAAGGAAAUCAUAAAUUCUUGUUCCAAGACCAGGCAAACUAUGCUCUUCUCGGCAACAAUGAGCGAAAAAGUAAAAGAUUUGGCAGCGGUAUCUUUAAACAAGCCCGUUAAGGUUUUUGUCAACAACAACCAACAGGUUGCGUUUAAUUUGCGCCAAGAAUUCAUACGCAUACGUGAAGACAAAGAGGGCGACCGCGAACCCAUACUAGCCAGUUUGAUUUAUCGCACAUUCCAUGAUCAUUGCAUGGUGUUUGUACAAACCAAAAAACAAGCUCAUCGACUUCACAUACUCUUGGGAUUGUUGGGUAUUAAAGCGGGCGAGCUGCACGGUAAUCUAACACAACAGCAACGCUUGGAAUCAUUGAAAAAAUUUAAAGAAGAACAGAUCGAUGUGCUAAUAGCCACUGAUGUUGCUGCCAGAGGUUUAGAUAUUGUGGGCGUAAAGACUGUCAUCAACUUUGUUAUGCCCAUUACCACAGAGCAUUAUAUCCAUAGGGUGGGCAGAACAGCAAGAGCUGGCAGAGCUGGUAUUUCUGUAUCACUAGCUGGAGAAAAAGAGAGAAAAAUAGUCAAGGACAUAAUUAAAAAUGCCGAGGGUUCGAUUAAAAAUCGCAUCAUACCUGCUGAAAUAAUAGAGAAGUACAGAAAGAAACUAAUUGCUUUAGAGCCGGAAAUACAAAACAUUUUGGACGAAGAACAAGCCGAACGCCAAAUUGCUAAAAUGGAGCAACAACUAUCGAAAACGGAACGCAAGCUGUUGGGAACAAAACUAGAGCAACGCGACUGGUUCCAAACUAAGAAACAGAGAGAAGAGGAGAAGGAGAGAUUGGCUCUGACGACUGAUGACAAGCCUAAAAAAGCCAAUAGUAAGAAGCGCUCGCGUCCUGAGUAUGGUGGAGAUGGUGAGGAUGGACCUCCCGUCAAAGAACUGGCAAACAAAAAGAAAAAGAAAGAGGAACCCAAAAAGAAAACCCCAGAGCAAUUAGCUAAGGAAAGAGCAAUGAAGGAAAUCGAAAAAGUCUCCUUGGUAAGAGCGAAAAUGUCCAAGUUGCGCAAGCGUCCGGGAAAAUUAAAUGCAGUCUCCGACACUACCACCAGCAAUGGCAAUGUCUCACAUUUAAAACGACACACUAGCCAUUCAGCGUUCACAAACGAUCUAACCGAUGUUAGCCGAGGCGGUGCUUUGCGUUUAAGAUCCGAAGCCAAUCGCCAUAAGAAAAUGUCGAAGAUAACAGCCAAGAAAAAGACGAGUAACGUAAAGCUGCUUAACAAAGCUGGUAAAAAUAAAUUCAAUAAAGGCAAAAGCUUUGGUGGACCUCGAUUUUCAAAGAAGGACAAAAAUAAGAAGAGAUAAAAACCAUAGGGUUUACAAAACCUAGUUCUAAGCUUUAAAUAACUACAUUGUACAGGCACAGUGAACAUGUAAUAUUGGAAUUUCGUAUGGCUCUAAACCUAACCGUAUCUGGGUAGAUGUGUGUUUUUUUUAAUAAUUUUAAAUAAAAUUUAUAUUGUUCUUAUCCUACAAAGAAAAGAUAUACGAUAUGACAGAACA